AACCAAGGAUACUUAUACCCUUGGUCCUUAAACGACCACCAACGCCAGGCAUCUAUCCGACUGAGCUAAUCUGUCGGUUUGAAUCUACAAAUAUUGAAAGAAGUGUCCAACAUAGCCUAGCAGACAUGAAAAAAGAAAUGGAAAGAACGGAUAAGAAACAAUACAUCACUUUGCUAAAGCAUUGCCUUGAUGAAACAAGAGGUGCCAGAAAAAAAGAUGUUCGAGAUAAAAAUAAAGCAAUGACAAUAAAAGAUAUAAUUAAUAAAUAUCCAGCUUUUAAGAAGGAAAAUUUGAUCUUGUGGGAGUUUGGCAAGCUCGUAUUUAUGGAUGUUUGCACCAUAAAAGAUAAUUGGAAACAAGCACUGGAUAAAGUAUCUCUACAAUUCAUUGAUGAUGAGGAACACAAACAAUUAAGUGACGAUGCUAAAACUAUUAAGUUUUAGCAUCGUCACUUAAUUGUUUGUGUUCCUCAUUCAAGUUCCUUAUUCCUCUUCAAGACUUUUGGAAUUUUUACUAGAUCUUUUCAAACCCAAACAUCCAGGCAAUUCCCUUCUAAAAGUGUAUGAGAUCAAAACGAUUUCCCAUUUCUCAUCGGAAUCGGAGACACUGAAAAAACGGACAUUGUGCUAAUGUGUUAUUCCGAUGGGGAACCGAUUUUCUCAUCAACAACAUUUGCAGCAGUUCCACUUUUAUUAGGAAUUUACUGGAUUUUUAAUAUUGCUUUUCCGGUCGAUUUGAAAUGUCAAUUGGCACUGUUGAGCAUAAUGAUAUUGCAAAAAAAAUCAAAAGACGCACUGCCGAAAGACUUGUUAAAACUUGCUAAAGUAAAUGCUCUGUUAAAAAAAGCUGAUAUUUAGUUAAAGUCCAUAAUUAAAAUUGCUUCAAGCCACCUGGUAUUCAUUUGGAAUAUACAUAACUAACAUAAUAUUACAUACAUAACAUAACCUAAGUUAACAUUCACAUACAAAUUCCAUUGUAAAUCAAUACGCAGGUUAAGCUUUUGUUGUAUGAAUUCGACCUCAAAUAUCAGACGGCAUCCAACAAUUUCCAUAAAAACAAAA